AUGGAUACAUAUCUGUCUUCAGCAUCGGCGCUUUCCUUACGGCGGGAUCCACGCAUGCUGAAACUACCACCGUAUCUCUCCCUGGUUUGCAUCCUAGUUGGAGCUAUCUGGCUUGUCUUGUUGCCGCUCGACAAUUACUCCCGGCGCACCUAUAUCUCAGAGAAUGCCUUGCUUCCGGGUCAGGUACAUACAUAUUUUGGCGGCAGCGAACACAAUAUCUUCAGGGCAUAUAGACGGGAAUUAGAUACAUUGGUUAAUGAGAGCAACUACGACAUCAACAAUCACCUUGAAGUCAUUCUCAGUACCGCUGGCAAAACGUACAAUGGCGAGAAUGUAUACGGAAUUUUGCAAGCUCCCAGGGGGGAUGCCACCGAAGCAAUAGUUUUGGUGGCUGCUUGGAGCAGCGUCAAUGAAACAUUUAAUGGAAACGGCGUUGCUCUUGCCAUCACCCUCGCCCGCUACUUCAAGCGCUGGUCACUUUGGUCGAAAGAUAUCAUAAUUCUGAUACCUCCGGACAGUCGAACCGGAACUCAAGCUUGGGUGGACGCGUACCAUGAUGCGCACGACUCCAACAACGUUGCUUCAUUGCCGCUGAAAUCCGGUGCACUGCAGGGUGCAAUCGCUAUUGACUACGCCAUGGAUCAACGAUUCGACGGUAUUCACAUCAUUUAUGAUGGCACCAAUGGGCAAUUGCCCAACCUCGAUCUUAUAAACUCAAUCGUCAAUAUCGGUGGGGGCCAAAUGGGAAUGCAGACGGCAAUACAAGGCAUGCAGCAUCAUAAUGAUUCCUACCGAGACCGGCUUAUGACGAUGCUGCGGGGAAUGUUGAAACAAGGCUUAGGCAUCUGUGCCGGACCUCACAGCAGUUUUAUCCCGUAUCAUGUCGAUGCCGUAACACUUCAACCAUAUGGUGAAGGUUGGCACGAUGAGAUGGCCAUGGGACGUGUUAUAGAAGGCACAUUCCGGAGCUUAAAUAAUUUGCUGGAGCAUCUUCACCAAAGCUUCUUCUUUUACCUGCUAAUGCAGAGGGAUCGCUUUGUUAGCAUUGGUACAUAUCUCCCGAGUGCUAUGCUCCUUGCCGCUAACUUCACGAUCAUGGCUAUUUUUCUGUGGGUAAAGAGCGGACAGCCCGCUGCACAAGUCCAAAUGCCGGUGGUAGCAACCUUUGAAAAACCAGCUCCAGCAAAAUCAACAUUGAGCAAAGCUCCGGUAAUCCCGCCUGCUAUCAACUCUACCGAGCGAGAUCUUUCUCUUCCCCUGGGGAUUGUGGCAGGGUGUCAUGCUGCAUCCGUGAUUCCUCUUUUCGUCCUAAGCAAUGUUCCUGCAACAUUUCUACCGAGCUCAUUGGCCAUGUUUUGCAUCUUCUCUGCCGUGCUUCCAUUCAUCAUAUCGUACCUUCUUCCCGUAUGCUUCACACAAAGGACGCAGCACUUUCAGCUGACUAAAUCGCUGUCCUUGCUUGUCCUUGGAAUGGCAUUAGCGACGCUGGCUACACUGAACUUCUCGUUGGCAUUCUUGGUGGGCAUGCUCGCCAGCCCAUUAACAUUUAUAACACCAUGCAAGAACACUAUUUCCAAAUAUUUUGUCGUUGCCUUGCUCAGUGCAGUGGCACCACCAGUGGUUGUGUAUCCAGCAACUCAUCUCGCCGGCUCAUCUGUCGCUGAAUUCUUGCAGCAGGCUAGUUUUGGGUGGAAUGUAUGGGCCGUGUAUACGCCUGUUGUGAUUUGGUGUAUAUGGUGGCCGGCCUGGCUAGUUGCGAUGACGAAUGUCCUCUCUGGGACUUCCGACGACGCCGAAAUAUUCACCACGGAGAAGAAAUAA